ACACCGAAACUGUGUCUCUGUUCUGUACUAGUGUACUGAACCCUGCACCCACGUUCAUUCCCUCUAACCUCACUCCUUAAAUCUACUUCACUACUUUCUCUAUACUGACAAAUAAGCUCACCCCACAUCCACCUACCCCACCCCCACGAGGCCAAACUUUCUCAUACUACUUUCGAUUUCGAAUACCAUAAAUCUCACAUUUUACCGUUAAAAAUCUUUCUACUUCUUCUUCCUCUUCAAUGGCUACACAAAAGCUUUCGAGUUUCUUCCUUAUUUUCCUUGUUUUAUUGCAAUCUCUUUCUUCCGCAGAGUCUCAAGCUUUUGUCGGCGUUAACUAUGGACAACUCGCUGAUAACCUCCCGCCGGUGACGGAGACGGUGAAGCUCAUUCAGUCGACGAGGAUUGAGAAGGUGAGGUUGUAUGGGGCGGAUCCGGCGAUUAUAAAAGCGUUGGCGAAUACCGGCAUUGGAAUUGUGAUCGGCGCUGCUAAUGGCGAUAUACCGGCGCUUGCAUCCGACCCGAAUUUCGCGGGCCAAUGGGUUAAUUCUAAUGUGUUGGCUUAUUAUCCGGCGAGUAAGAUUAUUGUUGUUACUGUCGGUAAUGAAGUCGUGACCUCAGGAGAUCAGAACCUUAUUCCUCAACUUUUGCCGGCCAUGCAAAAUGUCCAAAACGCCCUUAAUGCUGCUUCCCUCGGUGGGAGAAUCAAGGUAUCAACGGUACACGCCAUGUCCAUUUUGUCUCAGUCCGACCCGCCUUCUUCCGGGUUAUUCAGUCCAGUAUUUGGAGACACACUGAAAGCUCUGCUGCAAUUUCACAAGGAAAAUGGUUCACCUUUGAUGAUCAAUCCAUACCCAUUCUUUGCAUAUCAGAGUGAUCCAAGACCUGAAACCUUGGCAUUCUGUCUCUUCCAACCAAAUGCUGGCCGGGUCGACUCAGGAUCCGGUAUCAAAUACAUGAACAUGUUUGAUGCACAGGUUGAUGCUGUACAUUCUGCCCUGAAUGCAUGGGGAUUCAAGGAAGUUCAAAUUGUGGUUGCUGAGACAGGGUGGCCAUACAAGGGAGACCCAAAUGAAGUAGGCCCGAGUGUGGAUAAUGCAAAAGCUUAUAACGGUAACUUGAUAAACCACUUGAGGUCUAUGGUUGGCACUCCAUUGAUGCCUGGCAUAUCUGUUGAUACCUAUAUAUUUGCCCUCUAUGAUGAGGAUUUGAAGCCUGGGCCUGGCUCGGAACGCUCAUUUGGACUUUUCAAACCUGAUCUUUCUGUGACUUAUGACGUUGGCCUCUCAAAAAAUGCGCAGACUCCUACAGCUCCAGUAACUCCAGUGAGUCCUGCACCAGCAACAACUCCCACGACACCAACAACUCCAGUAACUCCGGCUACACCAAAACCAACAGGAGCUGGUUGGUGCAUGCCAAAGCCGGGAACACCUGAUGCUGAAUUACAGGCUAAUCUUGACUAUGCCUGUAGCCAGGCUGGUAUUGACUGUACCCCUAUUCAAGCAGGCGGCGCCUGCUUUGAACCAAAUACUGUUGCAUCACAUGCUGCUUAUGCUAUGAAUCUUCUUUACCAAACUGCUGGCAGGAAUCCCUGGAACUGCGACUUCUCUCAAACCGCUGCCCUCACCUCAACAAAUCCUAGUUACGAUGGCUGUACUUAUCCUGGUGGCAGCUUAUGACGCAGAGAAUCUACUUUAGUAUUUGAAUAUAUUUGAUUAUGAUGGAUUAGUUUAUGGAACUAUAAAUUGAUCGAUAAAUAAUCCCCUCCUCCCCUUUUUUCCUUUUGCUAAAAUGAUCUUCAACUAUAUAAAUUUAAAGUGUAUAGUUCCUCUAAUACUAUCAUUUUCUUAAAGCCUUUCUCAAAAUCUCCA